UACGACAUUUACCGGUAUAACUGCAAAUGAACUGAAUUACUGAAUGGCACAAUCUGCCAGCUAGCUCGGAAGACCUUGCUCAGUUGCACCUGCGAGUCCACAUUACCUUGCAAGCCAUUUUCUGUAGUUAUUGAACAGUAAACUGACUCGCGGUUUGGAAGCUCUCAGUCACCAUGGAUCCCGAACAAAUGGAGAAAGAGCUCAAGGCUCUUGGGGCGUUUGUUCAGCGCCUCUCCGGACUGUUCAACCCGGCAGCCUUGGAGGCUGCACUCCAAAUGAAGCCCCGGGAAGGCGAUAUAUUCAUCUCGACGCCAGCCAAGGCAGGCACAACGUGGAUGCAGCAGAUCUGCCAUCAGCUACGCAGCGGCACCGGGGACAUGGAUUUCGAAGAGAUCAGUCAGGUCGUUCCAUUCAUAGAGAUUGCAGCCAACGAAGGUCUAGACCUGACUAGUGACCACCGGUUCGCGCCGCGCGUCUUCAAGACUCACCUCUGGGAGCCGCAAACGCCCAAGGGCGCGCGAUACAUCGUGGUUGCGCGCAAUCCGUAUGAUGCCGCUGUGUCCGGAUUCAAGUUCCAAGAAGGCUGGUUCUUCGAGACUGGCUCAAUCUCGCUGGACACGUUCGUCAAUGGGAUGGUCUUGAAAAUCGGUGAGCCCAAAAAGAACGGUAUGUGCAGCCUGUUUCAUCACCUGGCAUCCUGGUGGCCCCGUCGCGCCGAUGCCGAUGUGCUGUGGGUGUUCUACGAGGACAUGAAAGAAGAUUUGCAGACACAAGUGGAGCGUGUGGCUGCCUUUAUGGGCAUCACAGACCCAGCUGCCAUCUCGCAAGCCGUCCGCAAGUCAACGUUCGCCUUCAUGAAGGAGCACGAACUGCAGUUCAGUGAACUGCCAAUGAAGCGUAAAGUGAACCAGAAGCUGGGCUUGCCGCCCGACGCCGGCAUGACAAACGGGAAAGUCCGCGUGGGCGGUGGCCAGCGGCACUUGCUGAGCGAUCGUAACAAGGCGGGAUUAGACGAACAGUGGCGCAAAGUGUGCCAACCGGUCAUGGGUCAUGCCAGCUACGACGCCUGGCGGGAAGCUUGGAAAGCCGAGCAAGCAUCAAAGAAAUAGGUCCACAUCGCCCUUCCCGGAUUGUUUAUAAUAUUCUCGUCAGGUUUCCGGCACCGUCCAUGCCGGUAGGGUUUACUGUUUUUUACGCGCGUGCUCGCCAGUUGCACACCUAAACGUGGUAUUCAACGUUGUCCAUGUAGGUCUCUGUUGGCAUGUUUUAGCGCAACAGCACUAUUUUUUUUUGCUGGAGUAGCUUUGUAUAAUUAUAACGUCAAAGAACUUGGCCAUGUCGCCAUGAAUCAGGGGGACAGGCUAAUGAUGUAAUAAGAAAUAUUUUGUUGACAUCCCCUUCACAUUAAUGCCUAUGAGUAAUACUAGUGUACUGUAA